AUGUCGACCCCCAAUUCAACCCUGCGACAGCGGGGCCCAAAAGAGAAGAAUAAGCCCGUAGUCAGCGGGGACAAGGAUGACGAGGCUUUGAAUGAGGCACUGAGCAACGUGCAGAAGAGUGUGUCCAAAGAAUGGGACUAUAAGCUGGCCUUGGGGGUCAUCACCGCCCUCGCAUUCGCAACGCGAUUCUUUGGGAUCAGCCAUCCAAAUGAAGUCGUGUUUGACGAGGUGCACUUUGGAAAGUUUGCAUCCUACUAUUUGCAGCGCACUUAUUUCUUCGACGUUCACCCUCCCUUUGGAAAGCUCCUCUUUGCCCUCGUAGGCUGGCUCGUUGGAUAUGAUGGCCAUUUUCUGUUUGACAACAUUGGCGAAUCCUACAUCACCAACAACGUUCCAUACCUUGCCUUCAGAGGGCUCCCGGCGUUUCUCGGAGCCCUUACCGUGGUGGUUGUCUACUUGAUCAUGUGGGAAUCGGGGUACUCGCUCCCGGCGUGCAUUUUGGCUGCCGGACUGGUUCUUUUCGACAAUUCACACGUGGGACAAACCCGACUGAUUCUGCUGGACGCCACGCUGGUGUUCUUCGUCUCGCUCAGCAUUUAUUGCUACAUCCGCUUCUACAAGCAACGACACGACCCCUUUGGCAGGAAGUGGUGGAAGUGGCUUCUGUUGUGCGGCUUCUGCAUGAGUUGUGUCAUUUCCACCAAAUACGUUGGUGCUUUUACCUUCUUCACCAUCGGAUGUGCGGUCCUCAUCGACCUGUGGGAUCUACUGGACAUUAACCGGAAAGAAGGCGCUUUGGAUCUUUUCACCUUCGGCAAGCACUUCGUGGCUCGGGCGCUGGGUUUGAUUAUAAUACCUUUCUUCUUCUACCUGUUCUGGUUCCAGGUCCAUUUCGCCAUUUUGACCCGAUCCGGCCCAGGCGACGACUUCAUGACCCCGGAAUUCCAGGAGACUCUCAGCGACAACCUGAUGCAUCAAGCGUCUAUUGACAUUCAAUAUUAUGACUACAUCACUCUACGCCACAAGGACACUAGGGUAUAUCUACACAGUCACCCGGAUCGAUACCCCCUGAGAUACGAUGACGGCCGUAUUUCUAGUCAAGGCCAGCAAGUCACGGGCUAUCCCUUCAACGACACCAACAACGAGUGGCAAAUCCUGCCCAACGCUCAUCACCCUGAUCCCCCCAUGGCCGGAAAACCAGUCUUGAAUGGCGACAUCGUCAAGCUCCGACAUGUUGUGACAAAUACCAUGCUUCUGACCCACGACGUGGCAUCCCCCUAUUUCCCUACGAACCAAGAAUUCACCACUGUGCCCCUCGAGGUUGCGGCCGGAGACCGCCACAACGACACGUUGUUCGAAAUCCGUAUGGAACAAGGCAAAAAGGGCUCACCAUUCAAGACCAUGUCGGGCCAAUUCAAACUGAUUCAUUACCCGACAAAAGUCGCCAUGUGGACGCACACAACCCCCCUCCCAGAUUGGGCCUUCAAACAGGCAGAAAUCAACGGAAAUAAAAACGCACAGCAAUCGUCGAACAUUUGGUAUGUGGACGAUAUCCCAAGCCUUCCCGAAGAUUCACCACGCCGUGUAAGGGAAGUAAAGAAAACCAAGUCCUUGCCGUUCUACAGAAAAUACAUUGAACUGCAGCGCGCAAUGUUUUAUCACAACAACGCGCUAACGGCUUCUCACCCAUACGCAACCCAACCCUACCAAUGGCCGUUUUUGUUGAGAGGAGUCAGUUUCUGGACGCAAGAUUCCACAAAGCAGCAGAUCUACUUCCUGGGAAAUCCCAUUGGAUAUUGGAUCGCGAGUGCGCUGUUGGCUGUCUUUGCUGGCAUCUUGGGCGCGGAUCAGUUGAGUCUGAGGAGAGGGAUUGAUGCACUCGAUCGUCGUACCCGCUCCCGCCUUUAUAACUCGACAGGCUUCUUCUUCCUCUGCUGGGCCGCCCACUAUUUCCCCUUCUACCUGAUGGGUCGUCAACUGUUCCUACACCACUAUCUGCCUGCCCACCUCGCCUCAUGUCUUGUCACUGGCGCCCUCAUCGAAUUCAUUUUCAACGUCGACCCUGCUAUCGACGACGACACCCAUCACGCCCCACAACAGAAGAAAGACAAAGUCACCGGCAAAAUCCCGGAAAAGGCCAGGAAACAUUUCCAGACCGCUGCCGAGAGACUCAAGGGCCAGAGCAUGCUGGGCACCUGGGCCGCCACCAUCGUGAUUCUCGCCGCGGUCCUGUACGGCUUUUACUUCUUCUUCCCCUUGACGUACGGCUGGCCCGGCUUGACUCCCGCACAAGUGAAUGCGCGCAAGUGGCUCGGGUACGAUUUGCAUUUCGCCAAAUGA